CUAAGUGAAAUACUUUUCUCGAACAACUUUCAAGAGAAAAAUUUAUUUCUCUGAUAUCAAAAUCGAAAAAGUAUAAACAGAGAAGAACAAAAGGGAGACUAAUUAAAAAAGCAGGAAAAAGAAAACAGAGCAUAUGACAGUCAGGUCGUUGGCCACUCUGGUAUGUUCUUUUCCUCUUCCCUCUUUCAAAAAAGCAGACAAAAUCCAACUUCUCUUCAAACAAUGAACCACUUCCCAAAACCAUUAAACUAACCCCCCACAAAAUAAAACCCUAAAACAAAAAUGAGAUUCACCAUUUUCUCCUCAUCUAACCUUAUUAUUAUUAUUACCACGUUCAUCAUCUUCCCAAUCUCUCUCCUCUGUUUUCCCCCUGUUUUUGCAGCAUCACCAGACACUCUAAUCUCAUCACAAUCUCUCUCCAUUAACCAAACAUUAAUUUCUUCUGCUAAUAAAUUUGAACUGGGUUUUUUCUCAAAAGGAAAUCCCAGAAAAUAUUAUGUUGGAAUUUGGUACAAAGAUAUACCUUCAGAAGGCAUCAUUGUUUGGGUUGCUAACAGAGAUGCGCCCUCAUGGAGUAAUUCCUGCACCCUAAUGAUUGGCAACCAAUCAAAUCUCGUCAUUCUCAAUGAUGGGUCCCACGUCGUAUGGCAUUCAGACAAAUCAACGGCUCAGAAUCCAGUUCUACAGUUGCUUGAUUCAGGGAAUUUGGUGAUCAGAGAAGCAGAGGAUCAUAACCCAGAUAAUUACAUUUGGCAAAGCUUUGACCAUCCAACUGAUACUCUCAUUCCGGGUCAAAAACUCGGGUGGAAUCUCAAAACGGGUUUGGAUCGGUUUUUAACGUCGUGGAAGGAUCCGGACGAUCCGGGUUCGGGUAAUUAUACAUUUAACAUUGAUUACCAUGGUGACCCGGAGAUUUACAUGAGAAAUGGGGAGCAAAUAAUUUAUCGAAGCGGGCCAUGGGUCGGACAACGGUUUAGUGGGGUACCCGAAAUGGCAACCACUAAUAACGGGUUUAACUUUACUUUUUACCGCGGUGAAGAUGAAGUUUACUACACAUUUGAGUUACCCCCGGGUGGGGAGGUAAAAUCAAGGUUAACGGUAAGUUUUGAUGGGUUCCUAAAAAGAUGGACUUGGGUCCCAACAACUAACCAAUGGGUUCGUUAUUGGUACGCUAGAGUUGAUGAUUGUGACUCAUAUAGGGUAUGUGGGUCCUACGGGGUGUGCAACACUAGUGGGUUCUUUGAUUGUCAAUGUCCACAAGGGUUCGAACCCAAGGACCAACAAGCUUGGGAUUUGCGAGAUGGGUCAAGUGGGUGCGCUAGGAAGACCGAGCUAGAUUGUGGGAAUGAUGGUUUCUUGAAGUUGGUGAAUAUGAAGUUGCCUGAAAGUAGGACUGCUUUUGUGAAUGAUGGGUUGAAUCUUGAUCAAUGUAGAGAUAUGUGUAAGAGGAAUUGUAGUUGCACUGCUUUUGCUAAUUCGGAAGUGAUUCGAGGGGUUGGAAAUGGGUGUGUUAUUUGGACUGAUAAUUUAACGGAUAUGAGAGAUUAUGUUCAAGGUGGACAAGAUUUGUACAUUCGGUUGGCCGCUUCGGAUUUAGGAGCUACAGGCUCUGGAAAUCGUUCUGAUAAAAUAAAGAAGAUUGCAAUGGGUGUUGGCAUAUCUAUUGCUUCUGCGAUGAUUCUAGUUGGUUUAAUUACCUUGAUCAUAUUGAAGCGUAAAAGAGCACAAAAUAUGCUGCUUAUUAGAAGAACAGCAGACACAAGAGCCUCUAGGGCAGGUACAGCUGAAAGGAGCCAAGAGAUACUAUUAAGCGGCCAACUUAUGUCUAGCAAGAGGGACUACUCAGGCGAAACUAAGAACUUAGAUGAUGUUGACUUGCCCAUAUAUGACCUAUACACCUUAGCCGUUGCCACCAACAACUUUGAUGAAGCAAAUAAACUUGGACAAGGUGGUUUCGGACGCGUUUACAAGGGUGUGUUGCUAGAUGGACAAGAAGUUGCAGUCAAGAGACUUUCUAAGGAAUCUGGACAAGGAGCAGAUGAAUUUAAGAACGAGCUUAGAUUGAUUGCAAAGCUUCAGCAUCGAAACCUUGUUCGAUUACUUGGUUGUUGUGUGGAGAUGGACGAGAAGAUGCUCAUAUAUGAGUACCUCAAAAAUAGAAGUCUUGAUGCAUUUUUGUUUCAUAAAGAAAGAAACACAGUGCUGAACUGGCAAGCGCGGUUCAACAUAAUCUGUGGGAUUGCUAGGGGGCUUUUGUAUCUUCAUCAAGAUUCAAGAUACAGAAUAGUCCAUAGAGAUAUGAAAGCAAGCAACAUAUUGCUCGAUGGAGAUAUGAACCCAAAAAUAUCGGACUUUGGCAUGGCAAGAAUUUUUGGUGGAGAUCAAACUGAAGGAAACACUAGGAGGGUAGUUGGAACAUAUGGUUACAUGGCUCCUGAAUACGCUAUGGAUGGGCUUUUUUCCAUAAAAUCGGAUGUGUUUAGCUUCGGUGUACUAGUGCUGGAGAUAAUUAGUGGGACAAAGAACAGAGGAUUCUAUAAUGCAGAUCAUGAACUAAACCUUCUCGGAUAUUCAUGGAAGCUAUGGAGAGAAGGUAAAGGGACGGAGUUGCUAGAUAAGGUCAUGGGAGAGUCGUUUUCGAUACAUGAAGUGUUAAGGUGCCUACAAGUCGGUCUCCUAUGCGUGCAAGAGAGGGCAGAAGAUAGGCCAACGAUGGCAUCCGUAGUGCUAAUGUUGGGUAGUGAAUCUGCAUCUUUACCUCUGCCUAAGCUCCCAGGUUUUUGCAUGGGGUGGAACCCUAAUGAAACGGAUUCUUCUUCAAGUAAACAAGAUGAUGUAUCAUUCACUGUGAAUCAAGUCACAGUCACAACGCUAAAUGCGCGAUAAAAAGAUCAUAAAUAGUUGUAGCAAAAUUAGUUCAUUGUAUAUUCACAGAAAGAUAAGCUACCACAAUUUUUUUGUCUGCUGUAUUUUUGGUUGCCUCUUUGUGUUUAAUUUGGGGUAGGGUUGGGUUUCUGGUUGGUGUGAAGAAUAGGAUGGGGGAAACAAUUUUGAUAUGAGGUCUACCAAUUCCAUUCUUACAAUUAGUUGUACAUUGUUAAGGUAUAUAUUUGCAUGUUUGACAUUCAUGUCACAUCAUUA